AUGUUCCCAUCCACGGUUACGGAGCAACGUUCUAGCACGGAGGCAACCUCAACAAGGAAGAAGCCCAGCUCGGUUACGGGAAAUAACGAAGAAAACGACACGCCCCCGGAUACGAGUUUGCUACCUCCAGCUCCGAACUAUCUAUCAGGCUUCAGUCUGUUUAUUGUGAUCACCAGCGUGAUCUUGGUCAUAUGGUUGCUGUUCCUCGAUGGCUCUAUCAUAGUUACCGCUAUACCAUCAAUCACGGACGAAUUUCAUUCAAUACAAGACAUUGGUUGGUAUGGUAGCGCCUACCAGGUCACCAAUGCAGCGCUCCAACCGCUUACAGGAAAAAUAUACCGCUAUUUCAGCUCGAAGUGGUGUUUUUUUGCCUUCUUGGUCUUGUUUGAAAUUGGGUCCUUAAUCUGCGGGGCAGCCCCUUCGUCCAUGGUGUUGAUCCUCGGCAGAGUAGUGACUGGAACAGGAAGCUCGGGUCUUUUGACCGGCGGCCUGACAAUAAUUGCUGGAUCCGUGCCCCUAGAGAAAAGACCCGGUACGAGCAUCUUUAUGAUUCAUUGGAAGCGUUUUCGGCCCUCUCCUCGGGGGAGUUAUAACUCAGUUCAGUUCUUGGAGAUGGGUCGGGACCAAACUAACCAGAGGCGGGUGCCGAAAGUUUUCUACAUCAACCUCCCAUUGGGAGGCCUGGUACUCAUCUUCGUGGCCUGGUGCAAUAUCCCCGACCAGGUCCCGAAACCCAAUCCAAUGGAGGUCAUUCCAAAACUGCAUAUAUACCUCGACUUUGUUGGUUUCUUAUUGAGUGCCGCAGCCGCCGUGAUGUUUCUUACGGCAUUGGAGCUCGGAGGAAACCAGUAUUCUUUCAGCAAUCCUAUCGUGAUGGGAAUUUUCUGCGGUUCUGCAGUAGCAUUGUGCGCAUUUCUGGUUUGGAAUUAUCGCAUGGGGGACGACGGGCUGAUCCCGCCAUCGAUGGCUGGGAAAAGGCCUGUCUGGUGCGCUGCUGCAACUAUAUUCACUUUUAUUGGUUCCGCGAUGGUUCAUGUGUACUUGCUUCCGUUAUACUUCCAGGCGAUUCUGGGGCGGUCGCCAGCCCAGAGUGGCAUUGACAUUUUGCCAGGCGUCGUGUCACAACUAGCUUUUGCCUAUGGCGGAGGCAUACUAGUCGGUAAAACUGGAUAUUACUUACCGUGGGCGGUAGGCGGAACAGCUGUGAUGGUCAUCGCAAGCGGGCUUCUCACAACACUAACAACGACAACUCCGGUUGCGCAGUGGAUAGGAUAUCAGAUUCUGGUUGGCGCCGGGCGGGGUGUAGUGUUGCAAUUGCCAUCCAUCGCCACCCAGGCUAAUCUGCCACCAGAACAAAUCUCUAUGGGAUUAUCUUUUGUGACAUUUUCGCAAUUCAUGGGAUCUGCUGUUGCUUUGGCCAUAGGCAACGUGGUAUUCAUCAGCGCCUUGAAACAGGAUCUUCCACGAUACUCACCAAAUGUCAAUGUAACAGCGGUGCUUGAAGCAGGAGCCACAGCGUUCCGCAAAGUUGUUUCCGAAGACGAACUUCCAGGGGUGCUCAGAGCAUUCGUUUCGAGUAUCGACAAGGAGUUUUACUUCGCUUUGGGGCUUGCGGUUGCAUGUUUUUGCUUUUCGUGGGGCAUUGGAUGGAAGGACGUUCGGUCUAAAAAACCAGUACAGCCUGACUCGGGCCCGUGA